AGUUUCUUAUGGGAAAAAGAGCAUAAAAGGAAGAAAGAAGAGAAAGGAAGGGGAAGACCAAAAAUGGGUUAUGUGUUGAGGGUGAGAUUGGCUUCAUUCUUCACCGGCGCAGCAACGGCAUCGUUUCUGGGUCUCUACAUGCUCUACAAGGAUUACAAGGUUGCCCAUGAAUCCAUCACCCAACAGGUGAAAAGUCUUCAUGAGUCCCUAGAUAGGCGAAUCUCCGCUGUGGAAAGUUUGAAACGGGUUGAAACUUCACAGCAUGUAGAAGCAGCAGAAUAGGUCCAUUGUUGCAAAAAAGAUUUCCUAAAUAUGCAAUCGGUUACUGGGUAAUGUUUUUGUUCUCCUGAUGAAAAAUAAUUGUACCUGAACUUUAUGUACAUCUGGAUGGAAUGAUGGUAUACUCGGCCAGUUGACAUAAUUUACCUCACUUAAUUCUGUUUUUUCUAAAUUGGGUGAAACAGUGAUUGUAUUUGAAAAUUAAGUUUGUGGGAAUCUAGACUGUCCGUGGUUUGUUGUAUUUUUCAGUACUUAUCUGGGUGAAUUGAUGCAUCAUAUCUUGCAAGUUAUUUA